UAUUGUUUGUUUGUUUAUUUGUUUGAAUAUGUUGAUUUGUUUAUUUAAUUUACAAGUUAGUUAGUUUUUUAAAUAUCAGCCCUCUUGAGAUGGUGCUCAUCUCGUUUUCAAGGUUUUUUUUAUUCAUUAAAAGGAAAUAGGAGAUGAAUAUAUUUAAUCAUUCUUUGAAAAUAAUAAUAGUUUUCUUCAAAAUACAUCAGAUAUCUAUUUAAAGUGUAACUUCCUUGAUCAUUUUUGGUUUUUUUUGUUUGAAUUUUGCUUUUUUUGUAGAAACAUGUCAUUUCUUUAACCUCUUUAGAUCCUAGCAUAGACUUAUACGGUGUUACAGUCAAUGGAUCCGAGCUAAUAUUUGAGCUAACCCUCUACCUGUACGGUCACAAGGGACCAGUUAAACGCUGUGGUAACAUAAGCCAAAAUGUGAUGUCUAAGUGUUUGUUUAUUUGUUAGUUAGUUAGUUAGUUUUUUGUCUCUUUAAGAAAUGGCAGACAUCAUUUAGAGUUCAAUUUUCAUCCUGGAUUUGGUCCUUUAAUUCUCAGUCUGGAGAGAGACAGAGAGCGGGGGGGCAAAAGGGUAUCUGUGUGUGGUGGUGGUGGUGAGUGGGGGGUAGAUGAGAUAGAGGGUUUAAGAUUCGGCCCAUCCAUCCUUCAGUCCUCCCAGACUUGAAGUUGGCCGGGGGACAAAGUGAACAUUGUUACUCUUCUGACGAAGGCUCUUCAUCAUCAUCUUCUCCAAUCAAGAUGCAGUGUGGCUGCAGCUCUCCACCCGGACACUUCCCGUCACCUUGCUGGAGCAGAACAGUGCUGUUUCCAGACUGGGCCUACAAACCCGCCUGGUCCCCCGGCUCCAGGCAGGUGCAGCUGUGGCACUUCCUGCUGGAGCUGCUGGGUCGCGGCGAGGGCGGGGCCAUUGGCUGGGGAGGGGAAUGGGGGGAGUUUGUGAUCAGGGACCCCGAGAAGCUGGCCAGGCUGUGGGGGGAGAGGAAAGGCAAACCGCACAUGAACUACGACAAACUCAGCCGGGCCCUCAGAUAUUACUACAACAAACGCAUCCUGCACAAGACCAAAGGGAAAAGGUUCACCUACAGGUUCAACUUCAGCAAACUCAUCCUGGUCAACUACCCAGGAUACCCGGCACCGCUCUGCCAUCAGCUGGUCCACGGCGCCCUGCUUCCCUUCCCUUUCUUCCCGGCUGAAAGCAGCCGUCCUCUCUGCGGAGGGUCAGCGGAGGACAGAGCCGUGCAGCCUCUGCCUCACCCCUUCUUACUCCCCGUUCCCAAACCCAUCGCAGCUCCUCGAGCUCUCCAUGGCCCGUUUCCCUUCAUCUCCUCUUCUGGGCGUCCGGGGGUCAGCCGGGAUGAUCCGUGUGAAUCAAACUUUAUCGGUAACGCGUGGCCUCCGAGGGGCACCACAGGGUGGGACGUGAGCCCCCACAUCCAGCAGAGCCUGUUUGGAGCAGAGAAGCUGACGGAAAAUCAGAAGGAGGAGCAGAGAGUGGAAAAAGAUGAAGAAUGAAAAAGUUAUCAUAAUGGACAUCUUUGUUUUACUUGCUUUUAGCUGAUUGUGAUAUUUACUUUGUUUUCUGUAUUUGUGAUUGCAAAUAGACAAUCUUUGUAGCUAUUUAUUCAGUCAAGAGUUUCCGUAUUUUAUGUAUGGAAGUAUUGCCAGACUAGCUUUGUCAGCACUUUACACCUCACCUGGGACAUGGGGCGUGUGUUAGGGUGGACCAAAUAAAACAGCACACUCAGCUUACAUUAUCCAACUAUUUGUCUGACAUUUCACCAGCCUUGUUCAGACGUCGACAGGAGCUCCAUAAAUUGUGCAGAAAAAAACUCCCCCUACUGCAUGCAGUUACAACUCCAACACAGUAGAGGGCAGUAAGUGUUUCAAUGGUCAGGUUUUUCCUCAGAGCAUUUGCCGGGAAAAGCUAACCAUAAAAGACAUCUCACUCUGAUUAUUUUACUAAAAUCUACAUUCUUUGUUGUUUAAGUUUAAAGGUUUACUUCAUAAAAUAUUACUGUAUUAACCCACACCAACACAAGUGUUUUAAUUUUCAAAAGACUUUGUUUAGCUGCUGGUAUUUUACAUACUGUUUUAGAUGUAUUUUUUGUGUCAAUUGUCCCAAGUCGGAUUG